CGCCCCUCGGCCCCCUCGCCCGCGAGCGCCGCCGGCCGCCCUCGCCCGCGAGACACUGAGGCAGAUCGUUGGACCAGUUAACACCAGCGACAACUACUUCACUGAAGGAGAGAUCUUCAUGUUCAUCUGAUUUGAGGGAGCAAGUUGGCACCUAGACAUCAGGUGUAACAGUGCACAUGUCAGUACUCCAUGCUAUAGUUGAUAGCUGAUAGUUGAGCUAAGAAAUGAUGCUAUCUGACCACCUUCUGGGACCCCAACCAAAAUUAUCAAUGUUGGUGUUUCAGUCUUGAAAAAGAUGCGGAAAGCUAAGAGGGGUGGUGCUGAUCUCACUAAACGCAUUCGCAAGAACAGAAGAGCUUGCAAGAAUGAAUCAUUGUUCUCAGGUCGCUUCCUUGGGGACUCUAAUCAAGAUGUUCGGUCUGGGCUCAGUGAUGGGCUAAAAUCAUAUUUAUCUAAACGUGUUUCCUCUAUUACUUUGUGCGAUGGAGACAGAAUCUUAUUUUCAUGCUCGGGCAUAGCUAUGGAACAUCAGGGUCACCUUACAAGGUUUCUGACUUCUGCAAGUUUGGUCAGAGCCCUCGAUGGUACAAACGAAGACCAUGAUGACUUAAAGAUUGAAGUGCGACAUGAAGGCAAUGAAGUGCAUAUGGGGAUUGUGGGUGAAUUUGAUUUAGAUCACAACUUUGCUGUUGUCAAUGUCCAUGCCUUCCUUGAUGUUCAAGUUGGACCUUUCCAAAGUGCACCGGAAAUUCUGGCCCACGGUGAGAUAUUAGUAGCUAUAGGGCGUGGCGUCUGUGGUGAAAUAGUGACCAAGAGUGUGGAACUGGAUGAUGAUUCAAGGGUAUCUGAGGAUGAUGAAGAUCUUGAUUGUAAAAUCUCAGAGGCUUGGGAGGGUGGGCCAGUUCAUUCUAUUGAUGGGACGGUUGUUGGCAUGAACCUUUUUUUGACCAUGAGAAGAGCCGUUUUCCUACCAUGGGGCACAAUUCUCAAGCAUCUGGAGCAUUACUGGACAUCCCAGGAAAAGAAGACUGGUCUUGCAAAGGUUUACAGGAUUGGACCCGUAUGUGAGAAAUAUAACAGCCAUCCAGAAGUACAUGGAGCUUUUGUCAACCAGGAACUGUUAGAUCUAGACUCCAUGGGUUACCCUAAGUUACCAUCCUCCAUGUUAGGAGAUGGCAUGAUUUUGGUAAAUACUUUUGAAGAAACUUUUGGCGACAUGCAUGGUGAAGGUGUUUGGAGAAAAUUCAGCAAAAGAGCUUCUAACAUAAAUCGCAAUAUUGUUGCACUGGCUUCAUACGAUGGAGAAAAAAGGUUUUUUGCAUGCACGGGUUUUUCUAUUGAGUGGAAUGUAUCUACGAUAAUUUUGACAUCAGCAAGCUUGGUUAGAAAUUCUGGUGAUGAGAACAAGAUUGUUGAAAACUUGAGGAUUGAAGUGUUGCUUGAGAAUCAAUGCAUAGAAGGGACGUUGCAGCAUUAUAGUCUACAUUACAACGUUGCUCUAGUCAGUGUCAAGGAUUACCCUGCUCCUUGUGCAUCAAAUACUGAGCUUUUUUGGACAGAGUCAAAGUCUUUUAAAGUAGCAGCUGUAGGGCGUUGCUUCAAAUCAGGAGCGCUAAUGGCUACUAUUGGGAAUCUGGUUUCCUGGACAGGCACCCUUGAUUGCGAUUUCCUCGCACGUUCCACAUGUAAAAUCAGUAAGGUUGGGAUUGGGGGCCCUCUUGUUAAUCUUGAUGGGGAUGUCAUUGGCAUGAACUUCUAUGAUCAGAGAAUAGGAACCCCUUUCCUGUUUUGGGAGGACAUUUGCGAAAUUCUAACAUCGUUUGAAACAAAAAGUAAAUUUGGUGAAGUUGGCAAUGAUAGUGAUCCCUCUGGUUCGCCUUUCUGGAAAAUGAAUAAAGAUAGGAAUACUAAGUUAAACAGGUGGCCUGUGCCCAUGCCUCGCUGGUGCCAUCUUGAGGAUAGGGAUGAGGAUAAAUCUGAUGAUGAGUUGGGCUUUGAACCCAAAUCUGGCCGCAAGCGGAGAUACGGUUACAUCAGGGGAAGGAAAGUCGUGCUCUUUUAGAUGCGAAACUCGAGCUCUUUUAGAUGCAGUUACGCCCUUGAUUGGGUCUCACAAUCUCCAUAUUAUUGCUGGUUUGAGAUGGCAGAUGUAACCCGUGGCUUGCUGAAGUUUGUGAUAUGCGCUUCGUUUGUAUCUUGUAAUUAUUUGGUGCUAUGUUUGGCAUGCAGUGGUAGUUCGUGAAGACCGGUUAAUUAGCUGCCUGGGGGUCUGUCAAGUACUGUUUUGGCCUUUUGGGCACAAAUCAAUGUUCUGUGUUGGAAAUCUGCCAACAUAUUUAGAAUGGAUCCUCUGAGUGACUUCAAAUGUUACCCUCGCUGACAUGUGGGGCCCAUAUAAUUAGUGACUGAGGAUCUAUGCCUUUUGGGCAUAUUUGGGCUUUGGAAUCCUU